CCCCCCCCCCAUCACGGCAGGGGGGCGAUUUGGGAUGACUAUAUAUUUAAGCCUUAAUUUAUUAUUUUGUGUAACAUAAAAACAAAUGUCAUUAUAUUCUAUGUAAAGCUGAGAAUCUAAGCUUUCAAAUGGUACCAUAUUGAGGCCAAAAGUGUUAAAAAAUUAAGUGUAAAUGUUAUGAUGAACCACUGCGGCCCACCCACAGGCCGGUGCGGGUUAAGAGGUUAAUACAUCAUAAUAAAUAAAGUCUCUGGUACUUGAAUACUGCAGAUCUUUUUUACACCAUUGUGUUGUUUGUGGUCCUCCAUCAGCAGCUGCAGUAUCUCUCAGCUGUAUCAGUGCAUCACUGUGACGUCAGACUGACCGAGGUUUUUGUACCACUCUUUAUCACUGUGUGAACACAGCUUUACUGUUGAUAUAGUGUUCACUCUGACAGUAAUAAUCUCCUGUAUCUUCAGUCUGGACUCCACUGAUGGUCAGAGUGAAAUCACUGCCAGAUCCACUGCCACUGAAUCUAGAUGGAGUUCCUGACUGGAGGCUGUUGGUCCAAUAAGUCAGGAGUUUAGGAGCUUCUCCAGGUUUCUACACUGCAAUACUUAUUGGACCAAAAACCUGCACACAGAAUCUCUUAGACAGUGAUACAAUCUAAUGAAACGGUCAUACAAAAACCUCUAUUCCACUCGAGUGAACACAAACUCCAGCAGAGAGAGAGAAACAACACUUCAACACACUGAUAUUAGAAGAAACUCAGAUCUUCUCAACACUCAAACAUUCAGUUUGGACAAAAUGCUUUUCAAAAAGGAGCAAUAAACACACUUUCAUUUAAACAAGCAUUUAUUGAUCUCAUUUACAACAGACAUGAUUCAUUUUGGCUUUAUAUCCUAUAUUUCUCAUUCGUUCUCUCGUUGUGUGCUAAUAUAACACUGUUUAAAGAAACAGAUCUGUGACCUUUGACCUCUUUUAUCAUGGAUGAUGUUGUGGAGUUUCUCAUAAUGAUCUUCUGUUCUUCAUAUGAAUCAAUCAUCAUGAUUCACAAGAAAACCUGCAGCUUCAGACUUCAAUCUUCAGUGAAAAUCUGUUCAAAUAUUGAGUUUACUGAAUAGCCAAAGUCAAUAGAAAGAGUCAACAAUGAAAAUAUAAAAGGUAUUUUGCAUGUUCUACACAGUCAAGCAUGUUUUCAUAUUCAGGUCUGUUAUAAAAGUAUCUGGACUCAUUAUGAAUCUCCCAGCCUGGUCUCAUUGUUAAUACGCAGGUAUAAAUACGUAACUUUCCAAGACACAAAACACUUUUGUACGUUUAGAAAGGUGCUGAAACGUACAAUAUUGACAUAUUUAGAGGACUAAAACAUGAAAAUACUUAUUUUAUUAUUAAUAUUUUUUCAGCAAAAGAAAAGUAAAAUAUUUACGAAUCUUUCAUGUCAUAAAUAUAUAAUGUAUAAUUUCCCUUGUAUCGUUUGUAGAUAAAUGUAAGAUCCCUAAACCCCAUCCCGAACCUAAACAUACAUAUUUUAUACCGAAUGUUAAAAGAAAAAAAAAAAAACAUAAUGGAAAGAAAUGUGUAGGAAAAAUAUAACAUUAAAACCAUAUUUUGAGCCGCUAAUCCUACACCUACCCCAAAACCUACCCAUAACCAUUUCUUAAAACUACCUACUGUUAUAAAUAAAAUAACAAACAAAACAAGCGAAACAACAAUAAUUUAUUUAUUGCGAAAAUGUCCAAAAGUGCUACCAAAAGUAGUUCAAAUGAUGAUGAGUUGCAGUCGCAGUCCUCUCUGGCGGUAAUAGUUUUUUAAAGGGUACAGAGCAGAUGUCACGAUCACUGUCUGUGCCUGUCAGUUCCUGGACUCCACUUCCCAUAAUCCUCCCUUCCAAUCACACGCACCAAUCACCAAUUGCCACACACACCUGCAGAUCAUUACCUGGACUAUUUAAGACACACACACACACACACACACACCCUUGGCGAAGUCUUGAUUUGCCCCGGUGAUCAACUCUGAGCGUUUUCUUGUGGACUGUUUACCCUGUUACCGUUGGAUUGUUUAUUCUCUGUGACCCUUGCUGCCUACCCUGAUCUUUGCCUGUUUCCUGGACUGUGAUUGUUUGCUGCCUGCCCUGAUCCUUGCCUGUACCCUGAUUCUGUUUGUCUGCCGCCUGCCUCGACCAUUGCCUGUCCUUGUUUAUGUUCCUGCCUUUGCCCCUGUCUACCUGUGUAAAUACUGUUCUUAAUAAAGCUUGCAAAUGGAUCCCCGCUCUGCCGACCCUUCAUUACAGAAGACUUCGCCAACACAUGGAUCCAGCGGCUUUCCUGAAGAACAAUGGCCCAGUAGGAACGUCGCACAAUUGUUAUUAGGACUCACGCAGGGCACACGAUCGAUAGAGGAUUAUAUCACGGAAUAUUUGAACAUUGCUUAUUGGUCAGAUCUGCCGGACUGCGUGCUCAUAGACUUUUUCUGUGAGGGCAUCAAUCAGCCACUUAAAGAACAACUCAUUCGUGAGGGACCCCGUUCAUCUCUAAGUCUGUUUUUGGAUUAUGCUUUAUUGACUGUUGGCUCUCCGUUUACUGUGGGUGUCGUGGAGAAAUGCGACACUUCAUCCAUUCACGUAAUGGCCGCCGCGCCAGAUGACGCUCAUAAAAUGGCGGCCACCAUAAUAACAACACCAAGUCAAGUCACAGUUGACCUCCGUGAGCCAAGUCACGUCUCCUCUGAUCUUCCAGAACAACGUCAUGUCCCCGCUGUUCUUCUAGAGUCACGUUACGUCUCUGGAUCUGUUUGGGAGCGGAGUGGGUUGCGUUCCAGUGUGGCUGAUCCACCGCUGACUUCAGCACGAGCGGCUGGCAUUCCUAAGCCUCCGCCGGCCGCUUCGCACUCAAGCCCGCUGGCCGCUACGCCCUCAAGUUCGUCGGUUGCAUCGCCCUCAAGCUCGUCUGUUGCGACGCCCUCAAGCUCGCCGGUUGCGACGCCCUCAAGCUCGCCGGUUGCGACGCCCUCAAGCUCGCCGGUUGCGACGCCCUCAAGCUCUCCUGAUGCUAUGGACAAGAUGGCCGCUUUGCCAGUGCCCACGGGCAAGAUGGCCGUGCCGCCAGUGUCUGGGAACAUAGGGGUCGUCCCAGCCAGUGAGUCCGCUCCACCCCGUGAGCCCGCUGCAGCGCCCACCGAGGAGGUAGGCACAGAGCCACCGCCUCAACCAUGCAAACGGAGGAGGAGGAGGAAGGCUUCCUCCAUCCCUCAAGGCCCGGAGGCCGUCCCAGAGCAGCCCGCUGCCGUCCCAGAGCAGCCCGCUGCCGUCCCAGAGCAAUCCGCUCUUCCUGAUACGGCCACGGAGGCCGGCGCCACCCGAGCUCCUCGCCCUGCCGGCGCCACCCGAGCUCCUCGCCCUGCCGGCGCCACCCGAGCUCCUCGCCCUGCCGGCGCCACCCGAGCUCCUUACCCACGAAACCGCCACGGCCUCCGUUGAAUUCCCCAAGAACUUUUUUGGGGGGGGGCCAUAUACCUGAGGGUGGGGAGCUUGUGGGUGGGGACCCUGCACGCCCACGGCCUUCAACCGCCUGUAAACUGCUGUGGCCGGCUACGGACCCUGACCUGCCGUGGUUGCCCAAGCCACCUGACCUGCCGUGGUUGCCCAAGCCACCUGACCUGCCGUGGUUGCCCAAGCCACCUGACCUGCCAUGGCCUCCCGACACUCCUGACCCGCCGUGGCUGCCCAUGGCACCUGACCCGCCGUGGCUGCCCGUGGCACCUGACCCGCCAUGGCUGCCCGUGGCACCUGACCCCCCGUGGCUGCCCGAGUUCCUGGACCUGCAUUGGAGACCCCGUUCCCGUCUGCCAACAGGUCUCCAAUGUACCCACCCCCCCUCCCUAUCUGUGCCAUUUACGCCGUGAGGACGCGCCUUCCGGAAGGGGGGCGUUAUGUCACGAUCACUGUCUGUGCCUGUCAGUUCCUGGACUCCACUUCCCAUAAUCCUCCCUUCCAAUCACACGCACCAAUCACCAAUUGCCACACACACCUGCAGAUCAUUACCUGGACUAUUUAAGACACACACACACACCCUUGGCGAAGUCUUGAUUUGCCCCGGUGAUCAACUCUGAGCGUUUUCUUGUGGACUGUUUACCCUGUUACCGUUGGAUUGUUUAUUCUCUGUGACCCUUGCUGCCUGCCCUGAUCUUUGCCUGUUUCCUGGACUGUGAUUGUUUGCUGCCUGCCCUGAUCCUUGCCUGUACCCUGAUUCUGUUUGUCUGCCGCCUGCCUCGACCAUUGCCUGUCCUUGUUUAUGUUCCUGCCUUUGCCCCUGUCUACCUGUGUAAAUACUGUUCUUAAUAAAGCUUGCAAAUGGA